AUGGAGCUUAGUAAAUUGAACUCUAAUGUAAGUGCUUUGAGAGAGGAGCUAACAGCCUGCUCAUUUGUGGAAGCAAUAGCGGUUCAAACCCUUUUUGCUGCUCAAAAAUCUCUUUCCUGCCUUCUCUUGCUGACACAAACUCUUUUGAACAAUGUUGAUGGAUUACCAAACUUGACUGAGAAAAGGUUUCCAAUGAGCGAACUUCAAAAAGGGGAAAAGCCUGGACCCGAAAAUAAAGACGGAAGUGACACAGAGGAUGACGAUGAAGAUGACGCUGAUGAUGCUGAUGGUCAGGAAGAUGAUGACGAUGGUGAUGAAGACUUCUCGGGUGGUGAAGAAGGGGGAGACGAUGAAGAAGAAGGGGAUCCCGAGGAUAACCCUGUGGCUAAUGGAAAUGAUGGCAGUGAUGAUGAGGAUGAAGAUGAUGACGACGGUGAUGAGGACGAGGAUGGGGAGGAUGAAGAGGAUGAAGAGGAGGAGGAGGAAGAGGAGGAGGAUCAACCACCGGCUAAAAAGAGGAAGUGA